AUGGCUGAGGCACCUCAGCAGCAGCAGCAGGAGGUGAAAGAGGAGGAGGAGCAGCUGGAGAAGGAGCAGCAGGAGAAGGAGCAGCCGAGUCCUGCGGAGACGACGGAGCCCAGCGAAGGGUUCGAGGAGGCAAAGGAGAGCGCCCAGAUGACCCCGACCCGACCUCUGCUGUCCAUGAGGUCCAUGAGCAGCGUGGACCCAGAGGACAACUCCCCCAACAUGAUCGUCUACAGAAAGAUUGAAGACAUCGUCACUCGUAUCCAGGACGAGACGGAGGGUGUUGCCAUCAGAACUGUCAAAAGCUUCAUGACCAAAAUCCCCAGUGUCGUCACAGGUGCAGAUAUCGUACAGUGGAUGAUGAAGAACUUGGCCAUUGAAGAUCCAGCCGAGGCCAUGCACAUCGGGAGUCUCAUCGCAGCUCAGGGAUACUUCUUCCCUAUCUCAGAUCACGUUCUCUCGCUCAAAGAUGACGGCGCAUUCUAUCGCUUUCAGGCACCGUAUUUCUGGCCGUCCAACUGCUGGGAGCCUGAAAACACUGAUUAUGCUAUCUAUCUGUGCAAGCGGACCAUGCAGAAUAAGACCAGGCUGGAGCUGGCAGAUUAUGAGGCGGAGAACCUUGCCAGGCUGCAGAGAGCCUUUGCCAGGAAGUGGGAGUUUAUCUACAUGCAGGCUGAGGCCCAGGUCAAGAUCGACAGGAAAAAGGAUAAAACCGAGCGGAAGAUCCUUGACAGCCAGGAGAGGGCCUUCUGGGACGUCCACCGACCCGUGCCUGGAUGUGUGAACACCACAGAGAUGGACAUCAGAAAAUGUAGACGCAUGAAGAACCCUCAUAGAGUUAAGAAGUCGGUGUACGGUUUGGCAGAGGAGGGAACGCAGGCGCAGAGUCCGAUACACACUCCUUCACACCUCAGCAGGAAAGGCACCAAGGAGGACGUCGAGAAAGAGAUCUUGUUCCUGAACCUGCAGCUCGAUCGUCACUGCAUGAAAAUGUCUAAAGUCGCUGACAGUCUGAUAACCUACACAGAGCAGUAUAUGGAGUAUGACCCGUUUGUGACUGCAACAGAACCAUCAAACCCCUGGACCAGCGAUGAUCCGUCCUCCUGGGAUCUGGAGGCGAGUAAGGAGCCCAGUCAGCCGCGGGUGAAGAAGUGGGGUUUCUCUCUGGAGGAGGCCCUGAAGGACCCCGCAGGACAAGAGCUCUUCCUCAAGUUCCUGGAGUCAGAGUUCAGCUCGGAAAACCUGCGGUUCUGGUUGGCGGUGCAGGACCUGAAGAGGAGGCCUCAGCAGGAAGUUGCACAAAGGGCGCAGGACAUUUGGACGGAGUUUCUGGCCGAGGGAGCACCCAGCUCCAUCAACCUGGACUCUCACAGCUACGAACGCACCAGCCACAACCUGAAAGACCCCGGACGAUACAGCUACGAGGACGCGCAGGACCACAUCUACAAACUGAUGAAAAGUGACAGCUACGCACGCUUCCUGCGCUCCAACGUCUACCAGGACCUGCUGAUGGCGAAGAAGAAACCGGAGACGGAGCAGGGACGACGCACCUCCCUGGAGAAGUUCACUCGCAGUGUGGGCAAGUCGCUGACGGGCAAACGACUCACGGGCCUCAUGCAGUCAUCCUGACAAGGCCUGGAUCCAGAGUAGGAAGAACCAUACCCAGAAGAGCCGCUUACACCUGGGGAGCAGGCGGAAAAGAACCCCGGGGCGUUUGGGUGUGGCUGCGCGAGGCGGGUGAGAGCCACCCAACGAGCCCCCGAACCGCCAGACUGGACCGCCGCCACGUUUGAAACCCCCACCCCUCACCCCUCCACUCGGAUUUAGUUGAAGAGGAGCGACAGCAUGCAAUAAGUCACCAGACCUGACACCAGGACAGUGCUGUCACCGUGUAGAGGAAAAACAAUGCUACUCUUCUAAAGGAGGUUUCUACUCGGACGCCUGCACCUUAGCAGGCCCUGUUGUUUCUCUAUCUACUAUCUACACUCAUGUUAUCACGGGGGCUGCGGAGGCCUUCACUUUACUUUCAGCGAUAUAAACAUGGAAUGCUUGAAUGCCUUGACUGAUGUCAAAAAGAGACUUAAUUAAUGCCGUAGCUAGAUGUUUCAUGUCACACCACCAUCACUAUGGGAUGAUAUAAGGGAGGUUUACACGGACCGCGGGUUUGUGUUAGCGGGCGGAGAGGUGCACCAACUACUUAGUAAAUGAGCUUUUGGAUCGAGUGGGAUGACACAAGAUUAACGUCCUCUGGGUGUUUGAUUCUGGUUCAGUUUCACGGUGUGUGGUCACGUUUUAUACGAAUGGUUCCUGCAGUUGAAAAGAACUGAAACACACAGAGACAUCGGAAAUCUAUGCAUUCCACCGAAACAUCUUUAUUUUUAAUUUGAGGCACGAUGGAAGUAGCGUUAGAGGAAUCUUGACAAAUCGAGGACGUACAUGUAUGUAAGGAUAAUUAAGAUUUAGCACAUAGUAUUUUAACCUAUUUAAGAAAUUUGUUGAAUGACCGUUAAAGACUCUGUGUGUUGUAUUCACAUCAACUAAUGUGUUGUAUUCUUAUUACAGAUUAGACUGAUUAAAACCCUCGACACGUUGACCUGCUCAGGAUCAGUAGAUCUGACCUGGAAACAGGUAAACCAGAAAUUAUUUUUGUUUUAAUCGUCUGCACAAAUUGUACAAGAUCUUGUUUCUAUAUUGGCACCAAUAUCAUUUCUUGGAUGAUCUCACCCUCUGAGAGAGAAACGUUCACCACUGCCUCUGUAAGCACAUUUUCUAUUAAAAGCACAGCUUCACAACAGCAGCGUUGAACAGACAGAGGUGUAAUCUUGUUGUCAUUGAAGGAAAGGUUGAUGAUCUCACAAAAACAAAAAAAACGGGUGCUCUACUCCAAACGAGUGAGUUGUUGUUGAAUUAGUCUUGAUUCUAUCUUCUAAACAUUCCACUUGUUGGGCUGACCUCCAACCAUUCUUCACCAUAUGUAAAGAGGACCAUGAUAAUAAAAGAGGAAUGCUCACUGAAGAGAGGCACUGGUUAUUUCACGUGUGUCCAUCUGAUCUCAUCAGGGGCUGCAGGGAAAUUCAGCUUUCCAUCACAGGAAAUAGAGAAAAAGUGACAUUUACAGAAAAAACCCUGAAGCAACGGAACCAAACAGCUCAACAGACGAAAGGUACAUCUGCUGGAAGUAGUCACACACUGCCCUCUAGUGCAUUCAGAGGGGAAGUGCUGGUCAAUGUCUCAAUAACCACUUUCUCUUGAUGACUAUGCAGAAGAUCUAAUUAAAGCAGGCUGACAAUUAA